UCAGUACAGUACUAACUGCUAUAGCGUGCCACGGGCCACAGUCGUCAGUCCGCACACCACAGCCGCACGUAGCGUUUCGUUGCCGUCGUCAGUCAGUCGAUUAACCGCCGCGGUCAGAUUCGGUUCACUCCUUAGCUGCUGUACGAAACUCGAUCGAGCUUAACGUUUUUUACACACAUCACGACAGUGUGUGACAGGCGACUUAAUCUUAUUUCUCCGUUGUUGUGUGCUACGGGCAAUUCGUGUUCGUCGACCGUACAUGUUUGUUAUUGGUCAGUCGUAGUAUUGCCGGUUUCGAGAAAAAUAUUUAAAAUAUACAUUUUCUUUUAAACCUUUAACGAAAAUCGGUCAUCAUUUCUUUCACUACCUCUUUCGUCAUUACAAUAGCUAGGCGCGAAAAAAAACCGAAAAAAAUGGAAGUCGUACCUCCGUAUUACAUACAACCGUCAUACCCGGUCCAUUCCACUCUCGGAAUCUUAAAAUUGGAGGACAUCGAAUCGGAAACCAGCGCGUUUAUGGCAUUACACCAACGGCUUGAAGAAGAACUUCGAGCCGCCAAGCGUGCUCAACUGUCGUGCGGCGAAGUCUUGUUGCCGCCCGACUUGCUCCACCGGAUAGCUCAUGACGUUCUCAAAAUGGCUGAAAGCGAACCCUGUGGUCUCAGAGGAUGCACUUUGUACCUGAAUUUCGAAGGUGAACAAGAAUGCCGGAAAAUCGGCACGAUCAAAUGCGACACUAACACAGUGUCCACUUUUGAGUUGUUCCUCACGCUUAAACAAAACCCUAGAAAUGCGUGGUCGCUCAUUCCAUUAUUCAUUAGGAAUUUUACAAGCGGCGGCACAAUUGUGAUCGAUCACGAAUUCACAAUAGAAAAACGGAAGCUGUAUAGGUCUUUUUUAGAAUAAAGAGCGCCGGAUGUCCGGCGCCGCCGAACGCCAAUUCCUCCUCCACCUCCUUCUCAUUAUCAGUAUCUCAUCAAAACACCAUCACCACCACAACUAUAAAUCCAACCACAACUAGUACGACCUAUAGUACUCGUACCACUAAUAGCACCGCCAUCGCCGUAAUUGAGAGAGAGCCAAGACUGAUCCCCUCGGAACAGCCUGUGCGUUACACAAAGAUGAAAAACACUCGUAUCUUGCAGUAGCGGUCUUGUCGUCGAUUUAUCAUCAAGUAACAAAAAAAAAACCCAAUUUAUAAUAUUAUGACAUAUUAUACGCGUAAUAAUAUAUUGGUCUCGUGAGUGUGUGGAAGUGAAUAUUUAUAUAAUAUAAUAAAUAAGUUUAACUAUGAAGAUUAAAAAAAAAAAACUAGCAUACGGAAUGAUAUUAUAAUAUUGUUUCAUACGUUAUAAACCGUGUGCGUAAGUUAAAAAAAAAAUCAAUUGUGAUCAGUUCUAUAUGUUACGUUUAGUUUUUUGUUCUCGUUAUUAUUUUUGUCGAUACAUUUAUACAUUGGAUUAUAUUUAUAUUAUAUAUAUUAUAUAUGUCACCAGAUUAUAAUAUGAUUAUUAUUAAUAAUUUUUCCUUUUUUAUUUUUAUUUUAUUUUUUUACCCAUAUAAGUCGUUGUUCUUUAUAGGAUUUUUAAUAAAAAAAAUAUAAUAUAUAUAUAUAUAUAUAUUCAUAGAGUGUAAACAUUUAAGGUUAAAUUAUUAUAGAUUAGAGUUUUAUAGAAUAUAGUUUAAAAAAAAACAAAAAAAAACGUUGUGUAUUAGGUGCAAAAUAAUUUUUUUAUUAAUGUACGUAUUUUAAGUGAAUGGUAGAGAGAGAGAGAUAAAUAAAUAUAUAUAAUAUAUAAAGCGUAUUUAAUUUUAUUUCCAAUAUAUCAGUGAGGAAUAAUUAAUCAAAACGAAAAAAAAAUAUGUUUAUAUUAUCGAGUGUUUGAUGUCGCGUGUGUCCUCCAGACAAUGAUAAAACUAAAGUAGAGCUUAGAAUUUUAACCAAUAUUAACUUAUUUAGUCUAUAAAUAAAUCGCACCAAAAAAAAAAUAUAUUUAAUAUAACUAAAAGAAAAAAAUACCCCAACUCAUCAGGCGUUUUUAAUUUGUUUUGCCAGAUGUCUUUCAUGUUCAAGUAUCUAUAUUGAAAAAAGAUAUGUUAACCUUAGAGUAAGUGUUCCUAACUGACAUCACACAUACAAUUAAUACAAUAAUAUGCUAUGCAUUUAUAUAUAUAUAAAUAUAUAUGUGUGUGUAUAGAUAUUAGCGAUUUUAAAUAAUUAAAAAAAAAUCCCUAAGAGCUGUUAUUAUUUUGUGUGAUUAUCCCACAAAUGUGAUAUAAUUUAGUAUGUUGUGCGUGUAUAUAUUUCCAUAAUAUAUACAUGUAUCGACGAGCGGAAUGAGAUUAUUAUUAAUAAAUUUGAAGAAUAAAUGUUGUAGGUCUUUAUAUUUUGCUUAUGCAAAUAAAAUAAAAAAAAAUAUUUUAGUAUAUUAUAAUAUAUGUAUACAUAUAUAUAUAUGUAUGUAUAAAUAAUAUUUUAUUUAAAAAUUCAGUCAAAGAAAUUAUAAGAAUUGGCAUUAAAACUAAUAGUUUGUUUUUUAUAAUAAUUUUUUAAUUUAAAUAGGCUAGUGAAAAAUACCUAUGUAUUGUGAUAACGGAUUUUGACUUUUUUCCUUAAACGUAACUUUCAAAUUUCGUAGGCUUUAAGCGCGAGUGCGAUGUGAAUUUUUUUAUAUAACAGCCUGUUUUUCCUCCCAAAAUUAAUAAUUAAUAAUUCUAUAAGAAUAACUAAACCAUUGUAAUAAGAUAUAUUUUUAUUUUUUUAUUUUUAUUUUUUUUUGGUUAUUGUAAUGUAUUUCUGAUCUCAGUGGCACUACAUAAAGUGUAAUCUUAACAGUAUUUUUAUUUUAUUUUUUUUUUAAAGUUAAGUUUACCUUUGAAUUGUGUUAAAAGCAAAAUAAUAAAAUGCUGCGCUAAGGUCGAGUAGUAGUACUGUACUACUCAACAAAGCGUCAAAAAGAUUAUAUAUUUUUGUUUUUAUUUUAUAUAUAUAAUAUGUAUAUGCAUAUAUAUAUUAUAUUAUAUUAUAUUAUAUUAUUAUACUUUUUUUUUUUUCGUUUAUACGAAGAGUCCCCUUUUUAUUGUGGCACAACCUCACCACCCCAGGCCAGUCAUAUCACUUCAUAGCAAUUGUCAUUUUUUUACUUUUGUUAUGUAGUAGAUAAUGAACAAAAGAAAAUAAUGCAAAAUAUAAAAUUUGAAAAUGAAAAAUAAAAAAAAAAUAUUUUGACAAAAAAA